AUCUCUAGAGCACUGUCAGUACGAGCGUAGUGUUCGGGGACGGUGGUCAUUGAGAGAGGCAGUGAAUUGGUUGCGCGAAAUCUCGACACGACAAGUGGUUUUUAAAGAAAUUUUCUUUGUUCUCGUCUUUAACGUACAGUUCUCAUACAACUUAUUUGCACGAUUGGUGUCGAUUUCGUGGACUGUUCGUCACGUUUGGUCUGUGUUAAAUACCAAAAAGUCUGUAGGGUUAUGCGACGUUAAAGCAUAAACGACCGGAAGUGACCCCCGUCGGGGGUGGUAGUAGUGGAUCUCUGUCGGCAGCAAAUGAAUGAUGCUCAAAUUUGUAACGCACAAAUUAAAGACGCACAGCAUCGACGAUCAUCGAAGACCUUUAUCGAAGAUAAAAUCUAUUGACCACGAUUCUGGCACAGAGUCAGACGACGAGCACAGUCCAAUUAGAGAAUAUAAAAGUUCAAAAUAUUGUGUACCUGAAUCUAUCAAAUUAAUGGAGAACGUUGUUGAAGAUAUGGUAGGUGAUAUGGAACCAACUAGGUCUUCUAGUAGUGGUCAUAGUAGUGUAGCUACACCUGGAGCAUCUCCUUAUUUCUUGGAUUCUGCCUUACCUAGUGAUUGUGAUCAACAUAGUUCUGAGGAGGAAUUAGAAGUCAUAAAUAGUAAUCCUGAAGUUUUACUGCAAGUAGAAGUACCUACUCCUGAUCCGGAUGAGGCGAAUUCCUGUGGCGUACUAGAUAAUUCUGCAAUUUCAUUAGCUCGUAAGCGUUGUCGAUCUGCCAGUGAGGCUGGUUGUGGAAAUACUAUAGCUGUUAGUUGGUCAGGUUCAUCUGAUGAUGAAGUUCAAGGCCUUAUGUCUACAAGACCAACACCUUUAAAAUUUUGUGCCUCACCACCAUCUCAUGUACAUAAACCAGGACAAUGUACCAUUUCCUCUUCUCCACCUUUAAAAUUAGUACAUUUGUCACCUAGGCAAUCUGUAUCACUUCCAAAUACAUCACCACGUAAACGUCAUAGACAGAGGCAUCAUCCUACUCGAAAUGUACAAAGACCUUGCUUAGACUUUGAAAAAAUGCAACAGCUCAAAGCAUUGUCAGCGACGACGUGGAGACAUACCAGCAAAGAUCAUAGUGGUGAACUGUCCGUGUUUUGCUGGUGAUCCAUUUUUCCAUUUGAAAUCUGUUAUUGAUGUAUUUUUCUUCUUAUUAAUUUAUGUUAAUAUAGAAAGGCUGUAAUAAAACUCAUUUUGAUCAUUAAGUUUGCUACAACUUACUGUUCUUGGCCAAUCUUUGUUUCUAAUUUUUUAUUUAUUAUUAUUAUAUAUUUUUGUUUAUGUGCCACAUAUUUAUAAUUUUAUUAUACUGCACAUGUGAUGUAGUACUGUGGGUCCAAUGUGGCCUGUGUCUAAUUAAUUUGAUAACUUAAAAUAAAACUGAGCCAGUUUAUUAUGAUAUUUUAUUUAUGUUUUUAUGAUAAUUAUUAUUAUGAUUUUUAUUAAUUGUUUAGCUUCGCGUAUUGCUAGUCUGUAACAUUUACAUAAAAAAGAAAACUAAUUCUUACGUGUCUAUGUUCAAUGUUUAUACUACUCAAACAUUUUUGUCUCAUUAAAACAAUUGUAUUUUAAUAUUUUUAGUCAUUUAGUACCUAUAAAAAACUCAUAUGUUAUAUUUAAUUUGGCUAUGCCUUAUUUAUUAAGUAACAUUUACACAAGUGUCAUAAUUUUUUAAGUUCUAAUACAUAAUAUUAGAAGUAUUUUUUUUAAUCUUAUUAUUUAUUUUAAUGCAGCUUGGGUCUCAUAUUGUAACUUAAAUAUUAUGAUUUAUUUUUUAUUUAUUACUAUUUGUUAUUAGCAGUAAUUGUAUAAUCUAUCACUUUAAUGUGUGUACAAGUUUCCUGUUUUUUUUUUUUUAAUUGAUAAUCGCUGUUCCGUAUUAUUGCUUGGGCAGUUAUUGUUAAAUAGAAAAUGUGAGACAAUAUAAUUAUAUAAUUCAUACAAAUUUAUCAAGGUUACAUAUUAUAAUGUUGGCCAGUAUAAAUAUAAAUUAUUUAAGUGUAUUUUAUUUAUAAAAACCAAAUUUCGCGUAUUUUUGUGAAAAUUUAGAAACAUGUGUUUGAUGUGUUUACAUAUUAAACGAGUGAGAUUAUAAGUUCA